AAAUAAUUAAACGACGGUCCAUACCAAAGAUUGAACCGGCUUUUGUAGUUUAAUAAAACAAAAAAAAUUUGUAUUCUAAUACACACAUUUUUCCCAAUAUCUGUUUUCUUUGGGGUUUAUUUAUGUGUUUAUUAAGGCAAACUACACGUACCUUCGUUAAGGUAUCAAAAGAAUGCCACAAAAAAAAACCUAUGUUUACAUCGUCUGAGAAACCUUCCAGAAACAGUAUUGAAAAAAAUACAACACUCUAUAAUUAACUACAUCCGCGAGGCUAUUUAAAGAAAAGGGGUCAAUGUCUGUAUUUGUCUUGUCUUAAAGGGUUCUUUCUCGUGAGAGUUUGCUGAAAGGUCUCAGAUGCUGUAUCACGAUUCUGGUAGUUUGUCGGCCACCUCUGCUACAGAUACUCUUGCUCUUGAUCAAGCCCUGUCCUUACGAGAAGGUGGAAGACUAAAAGAUAUUUCUGCGAAUAGACAUGGAAGACUACUGUUCACGGCUUUGCUAGAAAAUUUUUGUCAAUUAUAUGAUUCAGACCCCUCUCGUUCCAGAAGGCUCUUUACACUAAUUUGUCAGACAUUAAAGCGGAUCGGAAUUGUUGAUGAGGAGUACAUUGAUGAACUUGCUGGGAUCCGAUCAACGUAUCAAAGUGCUUUGCACCACCUGAUUACUCAGGCUAGAGAGGUACUGUUUGAAGAAGAUCAUGAUAAAAAAGUCCCAUUGCCUAUUAAACCAUAUGUUCCAGAGAGAUCAUACGAAGAACUGCAGGGAGCUCUUCAAAGAAUCUCACUUUCGGAGGGUUCUAAUCCCUCUAAUUCCCCCAAACAGGAUUCACAGUCCAGUAACUUUACGUAUUAUUCGUGGUUGCAUACAAAGCAUUCUCGAUAUGUGAAUGAUUUUGAUGAGCUACAUAUGCUCGGUAAAGGUGGCUUCGGUGCUGUGUAUCGUGUGCGCAACCGUGUCGAUGGCGCUGAAUAUGCUAUGAAAAAAGUAUUUCCCACUUUUCAACAAGUGCCUUAUACCAAAAUUUUUCGCGAAAUUAAAAGCCUCGCAAAAUUGGAUCACCCUAACAUCGUCCGGUACUAUGCUAGUUGGUUAGAAAAUGCCUCUGAAGUCGUGCCGAAUGUACGUAAUCCUUCUGUUUCUUCAACAAAAAUGAUACAGGGCUUGGAGUCUUUAGACAUUAGUCGCGAUGAUUCCAUUACAGUUGCAAAUAACGAAGACUCGGUUUAUAGUGAUGAUCGCUCAAACAAUGACAGUAUCAUUUUUGCUGCUGACAUAUCAGGGCAGUCGGAUAAUAUAUACUUUCAAAAGGCAUCACCCGAGGCUAGUGAAAGUGGUAACUCGUCUCAUGGAGAGGAUUCAGAGAAUAAAUACGGUUCUUCUUACGAUGAGAUUAUUGAGAAUCCAGGAAAUACGAGCGCUCUCUACGCUUCUACUAUAGCUCCAUUAAAUUGCUUUGUCUUGUACAUUCAAAUGCAACUUUGCACUGACGAUUUGGAAUCGUAUCUUUUUCGACGAAAUUCCAAAAUUUCAUUUCCUUUGUCCAUUGUGGAUACCCGGAUUCAUAUACAAUUAUUUCGAGCUAUUUUGCAUGGCGUUGUUUACAUCCAUGAAGUAGCACAUCUCAUUCACCGCGAUAUUAAACCAAGUAACAUUUUUUUGGCGAAGUCUCUUACUUUCGAUCGUGGUUCUGUUCCUUUGUACAAUUAUCGGGAUAACGCCAACAAUGGGCUCAGUAACUAUACACCAAAGUUGGGUGACUUUGGUUUGGUGAUUGAUAAUGAAGGGAAAACGCUCAAUUCAGUUUCUUUUUCCAAAGAUCUGCAACAUGUAUCUCAAGUGAAUGCAACUCAACAUGUUGGCACCAUGUCUUAUGCUGCUCCUGAACUUCUUGAUGCUCUUGCAUCUCACAGCAAUGUUCCUGUAUCCGAGGCCAUAGACAUUUUUGCCUUGGGUAUUGUUCUCUUUGAACUCCUUUAUCCUUUUGAUACGGCUAUGGAGCGGGCUUUGAGACUUCGAGAUUUACGACAAGGCGUUUUGCCGGAUGAAUUCAUCGAAAAGCAUGGUUGCGAAUCUAGUUUAAUAUUAUGGAUGACCGCAAAAGAUCCAUCCAAGCGUCCGAUGUUGUCUGAUGUUUUGAAAUGUGAUCUUCUACCCUCAUAUUCCGAAGAAGUUCUUUCUGAAAAGGGGGAGAUUUUGCUUUCGCCUUUGUCCGCCGCUACUGAUCAUUGUUACUGGGAAGGAAUUAUCCAGGAAAACAAGCAACUACGUGAAGAAAACGCUCGUUUACGAAAUGAAUUAGAAGAACUAAAAAAAAGGUAAUGUAAGAUAGGUCUGUUUAGGAUUACGCGCAAUGAAGGAAUAUUUAUGAACAAAAACUUGUCAAUGAAAGUAUGACAAAGAAAUUUUUGGUAUAAAUACAAG